AUGUUUGUUACGUUUCUCACAUACAAGGAGAAAAUAAAGCAGAAGGUCCGCCUUUCGUAUCGGCGUAAUGACUACGUCGACGAUGACGCGAUUCUCAGUCAUCUACACGAUUUUAUUCUUGAAUGCAAUGAAGUUUCUUCGGCCCCGAUCCUCGACCUUCUUAGCGCACUUUCCUGUGACUUGCGCGGCGAUUUUUACCCCUAUUUUCCAAAGUUCUUUACUAUAAUCAAAGAUAUCAUCACUAAAGACCAACAGGAUGCUGAUGUACUUAACUACGCCUUUAAUUGCCUUUCGCAUCUUGUCUACUUUCUUCACCGGUACCUCACGAAAGAUGUCAACGAUUUCUUGAAGUUAUUUUUGCCCCUCCUUACCCACAAGAAGGAGUUUAUUCGAUCAUUCAGUGCUGGCUGCAUGGCUUUCGUUUUGCGAAAGAUUCCUGCUUCACAUUUGUUACUUCUCUUGUGGCAGCUUAACCAGGAAUAUGAAGCUGUUUCCUGCGAAACAGGCGGAGCUUUGCUUGCGGAGAUCUUGCGUUCUCCGGAUGGAUGCUUUCACUCUUCUUCCAUAGAGAUUUUUCCUACCAUCUUUGCAAUCAUUGCGGGUGCAGAUGUUCAGGAACAUAUUCCAGCUUCCUGUCUUCAAGCCAAAAUUCCCAGAAACGGUUCGCAAUUCGAAAAUUUAAGUUCUAUAGCUACCUCGUUAGAAGCUGCUGAGUUCUUCAAAGGAUGCUUAGUGUCUUCUCUCAAAGUUCUUGCUGACAGCAAAAUGCAACCUGAAGCCCUAUUUACGAUAUGCAAACUCGCAUUUUCUCAGUUUGGUAAAGUUUGCUCUUCUCGGGUUCAAAUACUCAUAUCAUGCAGCGGUGAGCUCGUCGGUUUGCUUCAAACCAUGCGUUUUCUUCACCGCUAUGAAGCUGCGUUGGAGGUGCUUCUGUUGGAUGCUUUUGCUAGGCAUCCGAUAGUUCCCUUGGCAGAGCUUAUCAUCACAUUUGUCGGACUGGCCUCCAGCCAGUUUAACUCUUCUCGUCUAAUGCGGAAGGUCCUUAUGGCCUCAGGCUUCACCGAUUCACAGCAGAUAUCCCUCAUGCUCUCGAUCAUUCGCCACAAUUCCUUUGAAAGGGACUUUCUUCAAAUCCUUGCCGAUGUGCUUCUUGGACGCGACACUACUACACCUGUCGAUGAUUCCACACUUGAAUACCUUGCUCGCCUUGUCAUUGUUCGUCAACCACCUCCACUACUCACCUCCGAUUUAUCGAUUGUCCGGCCACCGAGUAGUACAAUCUGCCUCUCAUUGAGUUCCGGCUGCCAAAGCUCGGACGUUUUGCGAGUUGCCCGUUGGAUCAUUGAGCCGAUCACUGAUUUGCAUGCUGAAGUCAAACGAAAAUUCUAUGCUACACUUUGUUUGCCUCAUUUGAGUCCUGUUCCUGUCGUAGAUGUUCUCUCUCAACUGAUGGAAGCGAUUGAAUAUUCUUUUGAUCGUAUGAAGCAAAUGCAACCAGAGAUGUUUGAAUUCAUGGAUUGGGCGGCUUAUUUGUUGGCAUCCUACGAAGCCUGGUAUUCGUUCGGCGGUACGACGUCCGUCAAGUCGAUUCACUUCAUAGAUGAAGAGUAUCUUUUGCAAACGGCCCUUGCCGUGAAGGAGAAGAAUGUGGAUUUAUGCACGAUUCUUCUUCGUAUUCUUGAUAUGACGAGUGAAGUGUUGGGGCUAAGUGUCGCUUCGGUUGAAGAGUUUCUUCCUUUCCUACUCUCUUUUAGUCAUCAGGUACGUUUGCACAGCCUUCGAAUUAUUCGCCGCCAGUUAGCGGUGCUCUCAUCAAAAGAUGCCACAUCAGAGGAUCUGUCAAGUGUUAAAACGUCAGUUGAGCGUUGUUUGAGUGCCGAAACCACAAAAAAGACACCCGGUGGUCUUCGCGAAUUCCUCCUCCUUGUUCUUCACAUGCAUUGCGGUCGUAGCACCAUUUUCGGAUCGCCUUUGGCAGCUAAGAUUUCAUUGCACCAUCUGUUGGGUCUACUGCACGUCAACUUAACCCCCGCAUGGGACGAUUUAACCGCUGCGGUGGCCAGUUACGCCAACCCUAUCUUCUACUCUGAAGCCGCUGACUCCGCUGUUCAACCCGAUGUCCGACGUCAGAAGCAGAGCCGUAGUAAGGUGCGUGCCCGCUCUCGCUCGCCCCUUGUCCAUGAGACGGAAGGGGAAGAGACGGAGGAGUCUAAGUCUUCCGAGGUGUUCGAGCAAUGGAGAAUGCAGUGUCGUGACCUAUUCUGGCGGGUUAUGGUCGAUUUACUCAAGCGUCCAGUUACCGAUGUGCAAUCUCUCACACCGUGUGCAUUAGUCCCAAAGAUAACCAUUGAUAGUUUAUCCGUGAUGCAAGCCUUCACAAGCCUUCUUACCGUAGUUCCCGACAACGACGUAGGCAACGUUUCUGAUUCUAGUGGCGGCUUGGCACCUGUAACGUUUGCACCACGCAGGAUGGAGGAUUGGAAGAACUACCGAUUAAAUCUUUGGCGCUGCAUUACGCCGAAGGGGGUGGGUAAAUAUGCUCGCACACUGAUGCCGCUCUUCCUUUCCUUUGUCAGCGAGGAGUUUUAUGCAACACCGAGCCAAAACAAUGAACGUAUUCUUAUAUGCGCUCUCGACCUCUUUUCUCGGAUGCCGAACCUCCACUCUGUUUACAAGCAUCAAGAAUUUGGGGUCACUUUACUGCGGUUACUUACCAACAAACGACCCUCUGUUCAAAAAGCAGCAUUCACUUGUUGGAUGUCAUUUGCACCCUCGGGGCUGCGACCAUACGCAGAGCAUUUUGAGAAGAUCCUAAAUCUACGUACCUUCCGCGACGCUGUCCGCGUCUUCAAAAUUGACACUUCCGUAGUCUCAGAGCAUCGUUCUGCUGUCUCUCGCGUUCUAAUCCGGAUUCUUUACGGUCGCCUGCACCUCUCAAAGGAAAACUUCGCAUCUGCCGUCUUCACUAACCUUGCAGGGUGUUCGGAGGAGGAGUUGAAUCUCCUCCUCUCCCUUAUCGUUGAAUCGUUCUUCUCCGCUCUAGCCAUUCAAGACUCUUCGAACGAUUUAACCUUUGCUGAAAUAAACGCGCGUGCCAAACCGAAUUGGAGCCGCCUUCAAGCGAUUUGCCAUGUGGUCAGUCAGCUUCUUUCCUACAUGGGCCAUCGUUUGGGUGGCAUUAAACCGCCUUCAGAGGACCAGACACAAGCAGACGUCACCAAAGCUUCCCCUCAUCUCCCGACCAUCUUUAAAAUUGCCAUCCUAAUGAUUUCCACGUCUUCCAAUAAGGAUAAAAAACAGCUGCAGCAAGGUCCACAUCAACCACACUCAAAGCAAGUUAAGGUUGUUAGUAGAACGGGCGUCAGUCUUCUCCUCCACCUCUUCUCUGCACCCGGAAUCGAUUUGGAUGCCUUCUGGACGGCUGAAAGAAUUGCAUGCGUGCAAACAGAGGUAUUAGCCAAACAUCGUCUCACCUCUUCUGCCGUAGCUUCACCUGGCCAUCUAACACUUAAGCUAGCCUUGGUUUGGAGUCAGUCGGGCAGCGAGCACCUUGUCAGCGCUCUGUUUACUCCCGACCUUCUCAAUGCUAUUGUGCAACUGUUGCAGCACAAGAACCUCUCCACUCCGGUCGCUAGGGUGAUUGUUGAGGUGAUGAUUAACCUCAUAUUCUCUCAAGAUAUUCAGGAGUUGGGCCGUCGGCUCCUGAGACCUUUUCAUGGAGGACUGACUGAGUAUCUUUACAAUCGAUUCUUGACUUUGCGUUCGCUCUCGUCGUCACAGGCUCGAAAGACACUCAAUUCCACGGAAUCGGAGUGGCUUCAACGUGAAUUUAAACUUUUAGCCUACCUAACUGUCCCGCCUGCGAUGCAAAAUGGUUCUGAAGAGACACCAUCAAUGUUAUCAUCCAAGCAAGCAAGUCGUCUUCUCACCGGUCUUGUACCUUUCCUGGUAAAAGCUCUCACUCGCCCCCCUUCUCAAAUCGGUAGCGGCAUCAGUCUCCUUUCCAAUGCAAUGCGGCGGGGGUCCAAAAGCAAGUCUUCUGGCAUGACCGAUGUAGCCGUUCAACUGCCUCGUCCACGUCCUGCCUCUGAGGCGGCUGUUGUUGCUAAGGAGAUCGCAGAGGUGGAAAUGUUGCGAGUACUCUGUCGCCUUAUGGAAAUCACCGCUGACAUAAACCUACAUUUUGGCAAAGUGUUGGAGUUAUUCUCCAUUGUGGAUUCUCGAAUUUCACGAGCUCUGCUCUGUAGUGCUGCAGGUGUAGCCGCCGCGCGAAUAGCUCAAUCACUGUCCACUUCGAUGCUACCAAAGCAGCUUCUAGCAUGUCUUGCAGACGUUUAUGUUGUGAAACAAAAUAUGGCUAGUCAAAUGUCUGCGAACCUUUUCAACGCUCUCCGCACCAUUCGCAGUCAGCAAGUGGAUCCGAGCUCAGUAUCUCCGGGUGCCUCAUUUGAGAAAAAUGUCCUUUACAAGCUUCUUUGCAUGUUGAACUCCUGGAGCACCAGUCGUUUGGAAAUGGUGGACGCUGUUCAGCGCGAAUCCGCUUUGAACGCUCUUCUGGGACUGUGCGAUCUUCCUUUGGAAAAGUUUGCUUCACAAGACCGGUUGCAUUACUUCAUUCAUCUUGCCGGUGUCCACAGUGCUCUCUACACUCUCCAAACAUCAGAAAUUCAGCUCAGAGAUCUUGCACUCGACUAUAUCUUUCGACUUGCCGAGGUUCUCUCAGAUGGCAUUCGUUCCGCAAACGAUGCUACUAAAAAGGCUUAUCAACAACUCACUAAAAGGCUUAUUAUUCAGAGUCUUUGGCCGGGACUUGUCCGAAACCUAAAGCGCGCUACGGGUCCGCGACGUAUUCACUUUCUCCGUCUUCUCACGGGAUUGGUGAAGUCUUUCGGCUCGUCACAUGCCUUUUUUGCUCCCCUAUCGCUUCUGGCGGACUCAACCUCGUCAGAUCAGGAACCUGUCUGCUUCUACGUUAAUAUUCAGAGUGGUACCUCGUCACGUCAGCUAUUCGCUAUUCGUCGUCUCGCCCUCUUCCUAAGCAAUCCCCUUACCAUCGCCUCAAAGAAGGCCAUUACCAACUGCUCUACUCGCAGUAGCGGCGAAGACUCGUUUGUUAUUCCUCUCUCUCACCUUCGAGGAGUCUUUUUACCCAUUCUCCUCUUCUUUCUACGUCAGGAAAUGAUGGCAGAACUUUCUGGAGCUGGCAGUCUCGGCCAGGAGUCGAGACAACUCGUUUCGGCCUGUCUAAAUGCUGUGCGAGCGCUCGCAUCCCGCAUGGCCUGGCCCCCAUACCGGGAACUUCUCUCUGCUGCCCUCUCUAACCUAGACCAAGAGUCCACCAUCGCAUUAAGGUACACGUUGGCCAUCCUGGACGGUUACCGCCCUCACGAAGAGGCUGUGGACUUUAUGCUUGCAGUAGUUGGACGCCUUCAAACCUACAUUAUCCCGCCAACGCACAAAACGGAGUCACAACCCAAAUCCUUCACCUACCUACGCACAAAUGCUAUAGUCGCUCUCGUCACCCUCUUACGGCGUCUCCCAAAAGGGCAAUUAGAGUCCCGGCUGCCCACUCUUGUUCUUCGAGUAGUUGAUCUCCUUCGUCCGGCUAAGAAACUCCCUUCCCAUGCUCGUCUGGAGGCCGUUCAAGCUCUCUCCAAAGUCGCUAUCAUGGUCGGCUCUGGUCCAGCGUUGGAUUCAAUCUUCUCGACUUUAGCGAGAGAACUUUCACGAGGGUACAUGGCAAUGACUAUUCGGUUAGCAGCAUUGCAUCGGAUUUUCUUUGAUUACACUGCUGCAAUGGACAGGGGUGAGGUGGCAGUGGCAGACAAUUUGGAUAACGUUUGUCACGUCCUUCUGCGCCUCUAUCUUGACGAGGUUGCGGGUCAACUGGGAGAAGAGAUCGAUUCACGACGUGAAGCAUUUCACAAGGGAUCCACGACGGAUGCCACCUUAGGAGUAACUACUAUUGCUUCGUCAGCUGACCUACCUGAAGCUCGUGGCGGUCUCAGAGCUCCUGAUGGUCUGCCUGCACUUCUGCGUUUUUGUUCUCCCACUAUGCUGGAGCGGGUUUUUAAGGAACUCAAAACUGCUGCCGCUUUGAUUGCUUCAGGACGAAUAAUUUCCAACGAAAACCUACAGCAAGGGGGUGAACAGUUGGAUGACGUUAAGUCAGAUGAUAAAUUGACGGGCCAGCUGCGUUUUCGCAAACGGUGUAUGGCUCGUCUCCAAGCCGUUUUUGAUCGAAUUCCUACUCGGCAUGGUAUUUUCCAUCCUAAGUUGUCUACAUGUGCAUCAACAUUGAUGGGAAUAGCCCUCUCUCUCAUGCCUUCUGCGGCGAUCAAAUCAGAGGAUCAACCGCAGUCAACAAUUAAGCGCGGUAUUGCAGCUCUCUAUCGUCCAGGUUGGAGUAUAUCGAGCACUCAACCACUGGAGAAACGACCCGACUACCUCUCCAUUCCUCCCGAACCAAAACUUGCAUCACAGAACCCACAUGCCACUCAGACGGAUCAGGCUCAUGUGAACAUGCUAUCUGCAUGUGGCUUGUAUACUAUAAUUGGCUUGGUUAGGCAAGGCAUCCUCCUGCCUACAACUCGUUCUGAAGAUGCUGCUAUCCUCUCCGAUGCGAUUCCAGCUCUGUUGUCCACUCUCGUUACCUCGAAGAGUCUUGUUGUGCUUGCAGGUGCAGUGCGUUGCACAAAGCUUUUCCUCCAUCUUCAGCUGGACCGUUUCGAGGCUGUCCUACCGGAAGUGGCUCGAUCUCUUUUUAGUUUGGUUGACAAGCACGCAGGUGUGCUGAACUCGCGGAUUACUGCGAAGGAUAGCGCGGCGCAGUCAUUUGCUCACGGACUUUACGCGACUCUGGCAGCGUUGAUCCAACAUCAGGCAAAGUACACCCUCUCUAACGCUCAACUAGCUAUCCUCUUCAGUACCAUUGAAACUGAAGUGACUCGUGAUGCCCCUACUUCCCCUGCUCUAUCUCUUCUCUAUGCCUUCCUCACUCGUCGAUUACGUGAUCCGCUGGCGAAUACAGAUGAAGAUGAGAGUAGAUUUGUCCCUCUCCGUUCUGAGGAGGAGUCUUCUCUUUCCAAAAAUACGGACAACAUUAUAACCGGUGGUUUGGUCGUUAGUAAAGUCACUGACAACGAUUUCUCCUUCGCCGGAGCCGGUGGUGGUCAGCGGCUCUCCACUCUGAUGCUGCGUUUGCAGCGACUGGCCAUAAUGUCGUCCAGCGAGACUGUACGUCGGGAUUGUCGUCGGUGUCUCCUCGCCUUCCUCCUUAACUACCCCCAUCAACGGCGCUUCGUGAUGGGAUUUAUCAAUUUCUUCUUACGUCAGCUGGAACACGCACGAGAGUUGGGUCGUGCUUCGGUGGCAACACUUCUUUGCACGAUUGUGGCUGAGUUACCACAGGGAAGUUUGUUGCAGGAUGGUUUGGAUGAAACCCUGCUAUUAGCUGUAGGUGCUGCGAUCGAAAGGGAAGUCUCAGUCAGUGUGCGCUUGUCACUGUACGGGUUGAUCCGUCUUCUGUUCACUCGACUUCCGGGCAAACAGGCCACUAAUCACUUCCAAGAAUACCUUCUUGCGUUUCUGCGUGCUCCAGUGGAAUCGAGGGCUUCUGCAAAGCUUCUUGGGUUGCAGACGGUAGCAAUAGUUCUGGACUCUCAGGAGUGCCUCUCGAUUGACACGCACCGAAGGACCCUCAUCAAAAUCCUUGGAAAAGAUAUUUUCGCCGAGUUGCGUAAACAAUUAAUCAUUCUUCGCACCACUCAUCCUCACCUCUUCAGGGACGUGGUUUCUGUGUCGGGAUGUAAUGAGGAUAAUGCUUUGCUUCCACCACAGCCUGCGGCUGAGGAAGAAAAUAAAGAAGAUGAAGGUGAAUGGCUUAACGCUACAGACGUGGAUAAAGACGUCGAAGUGGCACCUUUAGAAAAUCGCGCUGAUGAGGACGACGAAGAUGAGGUAGAAGACUUGGGUAUGGAAGUUGUUUCAAACGAAGUUACCUCUGAUGUGGAGGAAGGCAAGGAGGAAGAAGCAGAAAAUUUGGAUGUUGAGAUAGAACCGAGUAAAUCUGAAAAGGCUUCUGCCGAGGCUGUGAAAGUCGUCGAGUCUUGCAUUGCUGUCAAAACUGCGGACGAAGCUUCAGAGCUCAUUAUCAAACCCUCUAAAUCAGCUCCUGACUUGCACUUUUCAUUGGUCUGUUGUAGCCUAGAGCAAGGGCUUCGGCUAGCAGACCGUCUACUUUCCGAUGUUGAUGAUAGUGUCAUCACAUCGUCUUUAUGUGCGCCCAUCUGGGAUGCACUGUUGAAGGUUGAGCGGAAGAAAAGAAGCCAGCGUGAAAUGAAGUUUGCUACGUUGCUUCAGACCUCCAAGACAGACGAUGAGGGAGAAGUGGUCUCACAUUCACUUCUUCUUGCGCCCUCUCUGUCUGUGCGCGAAUGGGUCUCUCGGCUAAUCAACCGGCUCCUUCGAGCUGAACUAGAUAACACUUGUAAUGCUCGGGGUGAAGUGGCAACACCUCCAAAAUUUGAGUCACCCUUCUUUACAAAUUCCAAAAACGUUUGUUCUCGGUUAAUUGGAAUUUUGAACGACUCUCUGCACCAAUUGGAGAUUGAUUCACUCUCAGGUAAAAUGUCAGAAGAAUAUUCAAAUAUGCUUUUGUCCAACUUAAUAUAUCUCGGCCAGUUCUUGAACGCUCUCAAUGAGACAAAACACGUUCUUAAGAUAUUCAAGACUGCAAAUCGACUCUCACUCGAUGAACUGAACAAUAGACGAUCCACAUUCUGUCAGAGGAUAAUGGCGCUCAAGUUGACCGUCGGGUUGUUGCUCAAACUACCAAGACCCAGUCCGGCAGAAAUCGCGACUCUUAUUGCAAAGCGAAGGAGUCGACAGGAGGAAGAAGGUGAGGAUGUGGAAAAAACAAACAACAGUAGGUCAAACGUUGGGAUCGUCUACCUACGCAGCGCGUUACGUCUUCUUGCUCGAGAAUCGAAACAGCGCGAUCGACUGGCUUUCCUAGCCACCGCUAGCAUUGCUAUGCCCGGUGACGUGGAGCCGUCUGAGGGUGCCGCCAUUUCCCGCAGGUUAGCUGGUCGUCUUGGUAGCUUGGAAUCAGCGCGGGCACGGUCACGACGCCGCAGAGCGCAGGCGAAGAUGCGGCGAGCCCUGCUCUCGGGUGAAUUGACUGCUCAAGAAGCAGCCCAACGGCUAGCCAAUAUCUCGGUGGUGGAGGUGUCCGCGGCAGACCACCUCAUUGAACUGAUUGAAUCUACACACACGCGACUGACCAAGGAAUUAUUGAAUGAUGUUGGAGGCGGAAAAGUGGCGGGAGGUAUGUCAGCGCUGUAUUCCUGGUCCACUUCUGCCUUGUCUCGGAAAAGAGAAAUGUGUGCUGCUCGCAAGGCUGUAUGCUCCGCCGUCGGUGUUGCGGCAGGCACUCCUCAGAACAAUUCUGGUGGAAGGACGGAGGAGUCGAUGGCGGUGGAUUCUUCACCACCGAGGAAACGGACAAAGAUACAAUAG